GCCAUUUUGGCCAAGGGGUGAAGUUCAAAAUUACCGAGCACAGGUCCUUCCGACUGCGACUCCGAUCGAAUGGCUGUGCUGCCGCUCCUAGCUUUCCUGGCGACGGCCGCGAGCGUCCUCGUCGCCGAGGGGACGUGCCAGGCCGACGGAUGCGUUGCCGACGAGAGCCCCGUGGACGACGACGCGGCCCUGCUGCAAGUUCCGCACGGCCUCAACAAGUCCAGUCAUCCAUACGCGGCGCUUCUGGACAGCAUGAUCUACGCGAACGGCAGCAGGGAACCGCCGCCCGUCCACCUUGCCGCGUUGCUGGGGCGGCCCGGCCGCCAGGUACAGGGCGUAAUCCUAAUCCGCCUGCCCAACGACUCCUCGAUCGGCGCCGACUUCGAGUACGACAUCUCCGGGCUGACGGCGAACCAGCUCCACGGCUUCCACAUCCACGAGGGCCCCACGGACGGCGGCUGCGGCAACGACGACGAGUGCGGCGUGCCCUUCACAGGAGGCCACUGGAACCCCGCGGGUGCGGUGCACGGCGGCCCCAUCGGCGACGCCCCGGGGCACGACGGCGACCUGGGGAACAUCCAAGCUGACGCCAGCGGCCGCGCGCAGGGCACCAUUUACUGGCCGCUGGACAUCAACGACGUUCUCGGCAAGUCCUUCGUGGUGCACGCCGACCCGGACGACUUGAAGACGAACCCCACUGGGAACGCGGGAGAUCGGAUCGCCUGCGGCACCAUCACGUUCAUCGACGCCCUGCCCACGGUGGCGCCGCCCUGCCUACGGUGAGUCGAGGUGCUCCUAGAGGGGUGAGGGAGGCUCUCUCUCUCCAGGGCCAGGGGCGUGCAGAGGUAGACCCGCCUUGGCGAUUAUUGAAUCGCUCCGCUCAUUCCGCCGCCCCCUCCCUUUUCUCCUGCCCCUCCCCGCUGCUCCUACUCUUGUCCCCACGGCUCCUCUUGGAGGGAGACGGGGACGGCCGAUCUGCGACCGCUUUCGAACCCUCCCCACGCGGGUCCGCCUGGCGCUGAGGUAUCGGACCCCCUUCGCCAGGGCUCCGUUGGUUGCUGGCGCCCUGCGGACUCUGAGCCCCGGCUGGCGUCUCGGAGGUGC